AUGCGCUCGUUAGCACCCUCACCAGCACCUCCCUACUCGCAACUGUCAGAGCUAGAGAUAGCUUACAUCGGGAACAAGCAGACUCCCUUCGUCUCCGUCCUGGUAUACACAUCCACCUUGAUCUUCGUGCUCGGGGUGCUCGGGGUACUGAACGUACGCAAAGCAAACACGUCGCCCACCCGUGACUCGGAUUCGGAUACGCCUCAGACGACAACGCCCAUCCGACAGCGAUCGCGCCCGCGCCACGCCGUGAGCGACAAUGUCAUGGAGAUGUCGACGCUUACGGCUCACUGGCUUUGCACCGUAGUGGCCGCGACCGUGUACUUCGCUUUCCAACAUAUGGACCCCUACUACCGCCGGGCUAUUGGGUUCGUAGGCUUUCUCGUCGGCGUUCUCACAGCUUGCCGUGAGUACGACCAGCUCGCCCAGGACAAUGUCGAAAUCUUCUUCACCCCACUCAAGUUCAUAUUGGGGUGGUGGCGAGAGGUCCAGGGCGAGUCAACACAGCCGGGCACAACGCUUGUGCAACGUCUUUCGCCUGGACGAAAGUCGCGCAGCCGCAGCCCGCCGCAAAUUGCGAUCGACACGUCCGGCGCUGGUGUCGGACAGUUUGCAGAAGUGUACGAGCUCAAGGCUCUGUCGAAAGAUGGCUUGGAGCGACGGAAGUCGCCGGGAGAUGCUGGACUAGAGACAGUGACGGAGGAAGGCUCCUCCGUGAUGUCGUCGCCUGCGUGCGCGUUCCCGCCGGUUGUGCAGAUUCAUAGACGGGAGUCCAAGGAGGAAGGGCGGAGGUAGCUGGACGCGCAUGUCGGAUCUGUGAUGUAUCUGUAUGAACC